CUGGACAGUCAUACCUGUAAAUCCUGUUUUGCUUGAUGAUUAGGUAGAAUGUACUCCAUUUCCUCUCCUAGUUUCUCCUAGUCUCUGUUGUGCUCCAUGGAUUAUCAUGCCACUUGGAGUAAAAAGAUUUUCAAAGCCCUCAGCAAGUUUUUGGAGUCAAGUGUGCUAAUAUUCAGUCAUAUGAUUAACAUUCUUGAUCCUUGGUGCUUGAUAUGACAUUUGGGAAGGAAUCAGUGUGUGGGUUUAGAUUUCUGAGAAACCUGGUACCUCUUUGUGGGCUGUUACUGGUCUUCGCCCUUUUGUAUAAUGAUCCAUUUCUAAUCCUGUGGUGGCCACAGGGACCUGCAGAGGAUGCUACAGUUUUACCUCUGGAUAUGGCCCCAGACUCCAUUGACGACAUGUAUGAUGGUUGUCGUUCUAAAUCCAUGUCUCUCAUCAACCUGUAUGGUGUGUUUGAGUGGCAUGUCAACAUAAACCUUAGCUAUGCUUGGGCUUUAUUUGAAAGAAAUGCAAAGAAACCUGUGCACAAACACCUGCAAGACGAUCAUGCCAAAUCUUUGUACAUAUUCACAAAACUGGAAAACAUCCGACAGAAUUUUGACAAAGCAGUGAAAACAGGAAAACACAAGUACAGCACAGGUGACUUUAGGUUUCAUUUUUUGUACUUUUACUUGACCGAUUCCAUUAGAGCUCUGAAUCAAAACCAUUCGGUGUGCAGAACCGUUUAUCUAAGGACCUGGAAAAGGUUUGACCAGAAUAUCAUCAAUGCAAACAUUCGCUUUGGAGCAUUUACUUGGGUGGUUUCAAGCAAACAAUCAUUUAAGGUCAAUGGCAAUGUUUCUUGUUUUGAGAUCCAAACAUGUUUCGGUGCUGACAUCACACAUUAUUCCAGCACAAAACAUAUGGGACAGGUGCUCAUUCCGACCUAUGAGGUUUUUAAAGUCACAGAUGUUCUGACAAAGGACCCGUGGUGCACCGUGGUCUACAAGCUUCAGAGCACCAAAAAACCAAAGACAGACCAAAACUGCAAACUGAGUCAAAUGCUAACAAAAUCCCUUUCAGUUGGAGGAUUAAUAAAUUGGCAUGGAGGCAAUACCAUGACCAUGUCAGUGUGUGCAGUACUGUUAUUGAUAAAUUCCUUCAUUCUAGUAAAAUACAAACAUAAAUGUUAUGUGGCUGUGGUGCUGGGUGCUAUGCUUGUGAUGAUAAUCGUCAUGUUAUUGUUGAUUUAGCCACAAUCUGUAUAAUAAACGCUUAUAUGGUAAUAAAAUAUUCCAACAAACUGAAAA